AUGUGGGAAAUUGUAGAUUUUGAUACAUGGGUAAUAGUGGAUUCUCCAGGGAGAUGCGAGUUUGAUGACGGAAAUUUCAAACAUUCGCACCUUCUCUACCACGAAGAAUGCUCUCACAACCAAAAUUGCCAAUACCAAUCUCUUCAAUUACUCAUGGAGUGGAAAUCAAACAUCUUAUACCCACUGGAUCAUGACUUUAUGAAUAGAAAUUUCCUAUCCAAUUUGAAAUCAUACAACUAUUCCAGGAUACCAAAUCAUCGAUUAUACAAAACAGUCAGCGAUACAACUUCAACUGAUAGUAACUACGACACGAUUGCCAAUGGAUAUGGAUUUGGUUGUGAUGAUUCAUCAAUUAAUUCACCAAAAACUAGCGACGAUGAAAUCAUUUACAAAUCAUGCAAUAAUGAUUUUGUUGAUGAUCAUCAAGUGGGGAAUGAUAAAGUGAAUGAUGAAAAAUGUUUGGAAUGUGCGAAUGUUUCGGUGAGCGGGAAUCAAACUACAACGAUGACUGAAAUUAAUGUAUAA